ACAGAAGUGAAGGCUCUGUUCUCCAGCAUUGACGUCGUGGCAAGCAAAUACUUCUCAGAAAUCAGCAAAGUGCACAUGUUCCAGGCAAGACAUCAGAAAAGGCUGCUGACACACUUCCAGAAAAGGAAUGAGAAGCUAGAGGAGGUGCUUGUCAAGAUGAAGCAGCAAAUGCAGCAAAUGGCCAGGAAGAUGAACGAACAGAGUGCCUACAUUGCCAAGCUGGAGUAUUCUCUUCAGAGUGCAACAUCAAAGUCUCAGAUGAGCCACAGCUCCCAAGCCUCACAGGGACGAAAAGCAGUGGUCCAGAUCCCAUUUAAUUCUCCUGUGUCGCUCUCCAGACAUUCCUCAUCCAGCAACAUUGCUGACAACUUAGAGGGGGAUAAUCGUCGCUUCAGAAAACCUGCCAAUGUCCCCAGACUGUCAUUGAUCAGCCCUCCGCAAAACGGACGCAUGGGCAUGGUGUCUCACAGACCAUCCAGCCAGAUAACAAUGGCCAACCAACCCACAUAUUCCACCACAGUCAGUGGCUGUCAAAGACCACAGACCAGCCCAAAGUUCUCAUCUGGUCAACUCUCUGGUUGGAACUCUCCCAUCUUCCAGACGUCCCAGCCUUUCAGAUGCUCGUCUCUGUCCUCCCUGAUGCACCCCCCUCCUUAGCAGGUGGACGUACACCAUCACACUAACUGUCUCCAAGUGGAACUACUUACAUAUUAGUCUGUGUGCUGAGCAUUAUGUGGCGUCUGAGUUGAUUAAAAGUCUGAAGAAAACAAACAGGGGUAGUCCAACUAUGCCUAAAUAUAAAUGACAGCGUGCGUUCAUACCAAGGGUUUCCAAACUAUUUCCACUGAAAAGUCAAAACAUGUGGGGGUUAUUUCGAUAUUUUUCAUCCUCAAUACCUUCAGUGCUCCUCUCAAGUUUAGUCCCAGGGACCCGUAAAUGUCUCAGUCAUGAAAAUGUAAAAAAAGGUCAUAUAUUAUUUGUGUAAUUUUUUUAUUCCACGUUUACAUCUGUAGAUCAACUUUAGGUAUAUCUAUUGAUAUAAAGGUUUUUUGGUGUUGUUUUAAAAAAAAAAUGUUUUUACGCUUAAUUUCAAAACCCUCUUUUUUAUGCCCCUGAAUAAAAUUGUAAGUGGAACACUUGAUGUGAAGUAAUUGGAGCCUUAAAUGGGUCAAUAAUUCAGAACACCAUUAUUAUUUUUCAAGCAAUGGCAGUCAUUUUUUUUU